AAAGACUUGAAGUGGAAUCAUUUAUCCAUAUUAGUCUCUCCAGAAUCCAUUUCUUUUUCUUUCUUUCUUUUUUUCUAUACCCAAACAAACUCCAUUCCAAAAACAAAGAAUCUAAGCAACUUGCUCAACCCUUCUCCGACCCUUCCCUCUGCUCCGCCCUCGUCGGCGACCUUCAGCGAGACCCCGCCUGCGUCUCCUUCUCCCACUCUCUCCUCAAUUACAAGGCUUUCUUCGCUUCUCAGUUAAUGUCAAAAUGGAUACGAGUAUUGUGUUUGUUUACUACAAUGGAACUUGGGUAGAUCGUUGCAAUUUUGUGAAUUUUGAAGUGACAGGAGUUUUGAUACCAGUAAGUUGUUCCUUCAAGCACCUCAAUACAUUGAUUUAUGAUGCUACCAAAAUUGACCAUCAUAAGCACCAAUUAGAAAUUCAAUUCCAACCUAAGCAAGGAAUCCCACCCAUGAGAAUAAAAGAUGAAAAUAGUUUACAAUUUUAUAUUCACUUGAGAAAAAAAUGUGUUGAUGAGACAUUAUUUCCCCUCUUAGUUACCAUUAAGGAAACUACUAGUGAAAGGCUUGAAAUGGUAUGUGUUAGUGGUAGCAAUUCUAGAGGUAAUGAUGAUCAAAAUGUUGUUGUUGUUGUUGGUGGUGGUAGUGGUGGGGAUGAUGAUGGCAAAGGUAAAGAUAAUCAAGAAGAGUUAUUACCAACAUCUUCAUAUGUUGUUGAGCAAGAAAAUGUGUCAAAUGAUGAUGACACAAAUGAUAAUCAUAUACAUGAAUGUUCCCCUGAUAUCAUAGUCUUACCUGAUGAGGAGGAGAACACAAUUAGGGUUAAUCAAAUGUUUCAGGACAAAAGGACUCUUGUGAAUACAAUGAGUAUGUAUUCAAUUCGAAAUAAUCAUCAACAUAGAGUAAAGAGGUCGUCUUCAGAAGAUUAUGUGUUGGUAUGCUUACAUCAUGAUUGUCCUUGGUACUUUCGUGCUUCGAAAUGUAGGAAGACUGAAAUGUACAAGGUUAGAAAAUUCAACAAGGCUCGUACAUGUUUGUCGAACAAUGUUGUAGUUGGGAGCCAUCGCCAGGCAACUAGUACGGUAGUUGGGGAUUGCAUCAAAACAAAGUUGUUGGAUUCGGAAAAUGUAUACACACCAAGCGACAUCGUUGAUGAUAUGAAUGAAGAUUAUAGUGUAUCGAUUUCGUAUCAAAAAGCUUGGAGAGCAAAGCAAAAGGCAUUGGAGCUUACUAGGGAAAAUCAAAAAGAGUCAUAUCACAAACUACCUGGCAUUUUAUACAUGCUUCAGAAAUGCAAUCCAGGAACAAAAACAGACAUAGUAAUGGACAGUGAAAACAAAUUCAAGUAUUUGUUUUUUGCAAUGGGAUCAUCCAUAAAAGGUUGGCAUCACUGCACACCAAUUAUUUUUGUUGACUGGACAUUUUCACAAUGUACAUAUGGCGAAAUUUUGUUAACAGCGAGUGCACAAAACGCAAACAGAGGAAUUUUUCCGUUGGCGUUUGCAGUAGUUGACUCUGAAAAUGCUAAUUCAUGGAAUUGGUUCCUAACAAAAGUGAAAGAAACAUAUGGAGAAAGAGAUGGGCAGUGUGUCAUUUCAAAUAGACAUGAGAGUAUCGAAAAGGCAACCAAGGAGAUCUUCCCUAAUUUGAUGCAUGGUGUAUGCUCAUAUCAUCUACUACAAAAUAUCAAAAAGAAAUUCAGAAAAAGUGGUGAUGAGGUCAAAGAUGCAUUCAAUGGUGCAUGCAGGGCUUACAAUGCGGAUGAUUUCGAAAAAUAUAUGAAUGAUUUGGAUGGAAUUGAUGAUCGCAUUCGAGCUUAUUUGCGUGAUGAAGUUGGUUACGAAAACUGGACAAGAGUAUUCAUCAACAACACACGAUAUUCAACAAUGACCUCCAACAUUGUCGAGUUUAUAGAUGCUUCCAUUGAUGAAGUACAAGAGUUGACAAUUGCCACAUUGCUAGAGUGUCUAAGAUGUUUGGUUCAAAAUUGGUAUUCAGAAAACAAGAACAAGUCUUUAUCAACACAUACACACCUAGCUAAGAAGGCUGAAGAUGUCUUGUGCUAUAAAAGGGAAAAAUCAUUAAAAAUGAAGGUUGAAACAUUAAGUGAACUCACUUUUAUAGUGAAAGACGGUAAUAGAUCAUAUACAGUGGAUUUGGAGAAAAGAACAUGUACUUGUAAGUGCUUUCAGUACGAUGAAAUGCCUUGUUCACAUGCAAUGUGUGCUAUAUCAAACAAAUCCUUGAAUUGUUAUGAUUUUUGCUCAUACUACUACACGAAAGAAGCUUACGUGGCAACAUACGAAGAAUAUGUUUCCCCGUUAGGUGAUCCACUUGUUUGGGAUAUUCCGGAACAAAUCCAAAGAACAGUAGUUUUGCCUCCCCAAACUAAACGUCCGAUUGGUCGACCACCGAAGAAACGAUAUAAGGGCUGUCAUGGAAAAACUACCAAAAAUAAAUGUCUACGAUGCCACGAAAGGGGGCACAACGUAAAAACUUGUAAGAAUGAGCAAAUAGAAAAGGCCUCAAACGACCUUUAAAUGCCAACUUUAUCAGUUUUGUAAUUGACACUCUUUUUUUCGUUAAUGUGUUAGAAAUAUUUUAUACUCUGUAGUCUGUACAUUACUUUUAGGUUGCCAUUUUCUUAAAAUAGAGAUUGUUUUAUAUGUAAA